CUCCUUUUCGUGAAGUUUAGUACCGCUAGGCGUUUGUACGUAUGCACAUCCAAUGUGUGAUUAUCAGCGAUUUCAUACAGUUUUACAAUUGUGACAAAUAUAACCCGAUCUGUACCUAGUGAUUAAUAAAGAAACUGGUUUCGGCAUUAUUUUCUUCUACAAAAUAAAGCAUCGCUCUGUGCAAUAAGGAGUAUAAAAGUAAAGUGUAAAAGAGCAAAAAAAGCAUUAGUUGUAAUACUUGAUGCUUGUUUUUCGUUUUGAAACUAUAAAUCAAAGAAACUUACGUAAGAUACACAUUAUCAUCUACAGUCCAUACAUUGUACGUAGUAUAUAUCGGACGCGUACAGUACCGUCAAAAACUUUUUAGAUACUUUUCCGAGACACUGAACUGUCAACGGAUAAUAUGCCGGGCAUUAAAAGUUACGCCACUUACAUCGGAAAAGUUGCAGAGUGUAUAUGCACGGAGAAAACUAAUUUUACUCUUUUAGCAAAAUCGUCGUUGCUACUGCAUAUUCAUAGUGACACCAAAAAAAUUUAAUUGACGUAUAUCUACGUCAAAGAUACGUAUAGGCGCAGAUAUAAAUAAAAUUGUUAGUGCAAUUUUCCACCAUGGUGAAAGUAUAAUUAAUGGAUAUUAUACAAAUGUGCGUAGUAAGCAUGCAAAAUGGGUCUCAAUUAAUGAUUCCACAAUAAAAAAAAUGCAGUUAGCCACGAAAUUCCAAAGAUGCAUACAUUUUCUUUACUGAAAAAUGUAAUAAGAUUUGUAUCUAAAUAAUCUAUACAAAAACCUGUGAGAUCAUCACAAACAAUUUUCUUUACAAAAGAAAAAAAACGCCGAAGAAAAAAUAUCAAUACAAGAUGAUAAUUGGGAUAACAAUUGGCCUUUUCAUUGCUAUCCUUACACUAAUGUAUGUUUAUUGCAAAUACGUGCUAUUCAAUUUCUGGCGAAAAAACGGUGUGUUUUAUGUCGAACCUGUUGUACCAACUGGUAACAUAAGUGAUUUGGUAACUGGAAAACUAUCAAUGGGCGAAUUAUUUCAAGAUGCCUAUAUGAAAUAUAAAAAUCAUCAUGUUUUUGGAAUGUACAUGUUUUUCAAACCAAAUCUGGUAGUCGCCGAUCUCGAUCUAAUACGAACGGUGCUGACAAAGGAAUUCGGGAGUUUCCAUGAUCGUGGGUUUUAUUGUAACGAAAAAAUCGACCCAUUGUCUGGUCAUUUGCUUUCCUUGUCCGGGAAAAAGUGGAGGAACUUACGCGUCAAAUUGACGCCAACCUUCACAUCGAGAAGGAUGAAGCAAAUGUACACAGUUGUGAAAGAGUGUGGCGAAGAGUUGACGAAGAGUUUGGAGAGUAAAGCUCGCACAGGAGAUUCUAUCGAGAUCAAAGAUACAUUUGCAAGAUACUCGACGGACGUAAUUAUGUCGGCUGCAUUUGGAAUAAAAUCCAAUUGCCUACUUGAGACAAACAACGAAUUUCGCUAUUGGGGAAAAAAGGCCACCGAAAUGAACAGCAUUUGGGCUGCUAUCACCAUGUUUGUUCCAUUUAUUAUGGAAGCUUUUUCCAUUCCCACCACGGAUCGCGGUGUUGAAAAGUUCUUCACGAAAUUAUUUCAAGACAAUGUAGAGCACAGGAAAGCUCACAACGUUGUCAGACACGAUUUCAUGAAUCUACUCAUACAACUCAUGGAGAAAGGCUACGUGGAACCCGAUGAAAGCGAAGAUGCCGCCGAUGUAUCGUCUAACAAUAACAAACUCACCAUGCUGGAGGCGGCCGCGCAAGCUUUCAUAUUCUUCUUGGGCGGCUUCGAGACAUCGUCGACCACGGGGACGUUCUGUCUGUAUGAGUUAGCGGUACAUCAGGAUAUACAGGACAAGCUUCGUCAGGAAAUCAACAUGACGUUGGAAAAGCACGGUGAAUUGACUUACGAUGCUGUGAAUCAAAUGACAUAUCUGCACAAAGUAGUUCAAGAGACUCUACGGAAGUAUCCACCUCUACCUAUCUUGAAUCGUAUCUGCACCAAGGAAAUAGUCCUCCCAACGACAAAUGCUCGCAUUCCGAAAGGCACCAUGAUUACCAUACCAGUGCUCGGAUUACAGCGAGAUCCGUCAAUAUAUCCGGAUCCGGAUAAAUUCGAUCCUGAACGUUUCAACGCGGACCAAGUGGCGGCGAGGCAUCCUUACGCUUACUUAGCUUUUGGUGAAGGACCACGUAUCUGUAUUGGUUCAAGAUUUGGUAAUUUGCAAACGAAGGUUGGGAUUAUAAGUAUGCUGUCCAAAUUCAAGUUUAAGCUGCAUCCCCAAACUCCAAUACCUCUAAUUUAUGAUAAAUCAUCAUUUACACCUGCAGUCAAGGGCGGUUUACAUCUUACUAUUGAAUCGCUAUAAACUAAUCGCGGUCAUGCUUUUAGAUGAUAAAAUAAAUCCCGAAUAUAUCUUAGAGCCGUAUAUUAGUUAUUAACGCCAAAAGGGGAAUACUAUGUAUUCUUCUAAUAAAUGUUAUUAAAAAAUAUUAAAUUCCAUCAAAUAUUUUAUAUAAUUGAAAGUGUCAUGUACAUAAAAUAUUCGUACAAUAAAAUUUGUAGUAACACAAUCAAAUAUAAAAAGUUGAAAAUG